UUGCUGCCGUUAACGGUCGAUUCCUGUCCGCGUAUUUUUACGUGGACUUCACGGCAUUGCGUCACGUUGGUGAAUUUGAAGAGAUGCUACCGAGAGGCGCAUCCGUCCGCUUAUGAUAAACAUUACUUGAAUUUGCGCGAACGUUGUUAAGGAAUUAACGGUAACGAGGGGUUUAAAGACGCGAUAUCACCCGGUUCGCGCGGCUCGGGAUGAUCGGUGAGGCUCAUGAACUCGCUCUUCCGUUCGAUAUCCGCACCAUCCCGGGGUGUGACCGAUAGACACGCCGCCGCUGAGCCCAUGGCGGGUCCCGCAUUCACCGGAGCGCACGGGAGCUGGAUCACAUCGCGGUUACGGGAGGACGCGUCAUCUUCCUCAUCGUUAUCGUCGUCGUCGUCCGCAGAGAAACCGCGCAGACGGAGAGCCUUUAACCUGGUCAGACUGCGGCAGCACACCGCCCCCGGUAACAACAACACGCCGUUUGUGAUCUCCGGCCACAUCAAGCACAUCUGCAGCAACUGCAGCCGCGGGAAUGAGCUCCGGGACGCAGAGGGUGCCGAGCGUCUGGCGGCGAUGCGCUCUGAUUCGCUGGUUCCCGGGACGCACACGCCACCGAUCCGCAGACGCAGCAAACUGGCCAGUCUGGGACGACUCUUCAAACCGUGGAAAUGGAGAAAGAAAAAGAGCGACAAGUUCAAGCAGACGUCUGCAGUGCUGGAGAGGAAGAUGUCAACGCGUCAGAGCAGAGAAGAGCUCAUCAAGAGAGGCGUGCUGAAGGAAGUGUAUGAGAAAGAUGAGGUCAGCGUCGACGGCGGCCGCAUGUGUGUGAGUGAUCUGGACAGACAGACGGUCAUCAGUCCAGUGUCAGAGUCUGCAGACACCAGCGUCACAGCGACAGUGUCGUUCUCAGAGGUCCAGUCGUCUGGAGAAACUGUGGCGUGUCUCUCGGAUCUCGUCCCAAAGCCAUCUCAAGCCCCGCCCUCUGUGAAGCCCGUGCCGUUGCCUAGCGACAGCGCUGACAUCACUCACGUGAGGCCGUCGUCGCUGAAGCAGCCUCCUGCCUUACUGCCGAAGCCAUACAGCCGGAUCCCCAACCAUCUGACAGAGACACUGGCCAGACUGUCGCCGCCUCUGCCUCCAAAGAAAGUGAUGAUCUGUGAGCCGGCGCCCUCGUUUCCCCUCAAAUGCCUGCCAUCCCAGGGCUCGCACACACACACACUCACACACACACACCCGCAUCAGUACGCCACACUACCACUGUCACUGCAUCCACCCAGCCGCAUCAUAGAGGAGCUCAACAAAACACUCGCGCUCACCAUGCAGAGACUCGAGAGCUCUGUACUGCAGGCGGUGCCAUCUGUCCUGAUGGAGACGGAAGCGGAGAAGGAGAACAGAGAUUCAAUGCACCAAACCAACACACACACACUCAUCACACACACCUUCAGCACGCACGAGGAAGAGGACGAGGAAGAGGAGGAUGACGACGACUCGCUGUUUACAAGUACGCUUGCUUUAAGGAUUUUACGGAAAGAUUCGCUGGCGAUCAAACUGAGCAAUCGCCCGUCGAAGAGAGAACUGGAGGAUAAAAACAUCCUACCCAUGAUGACCGACCAGGAGCGGCUGGAGUCCAGACAGCAGAUCGGCACCAAACUCACCCGGUGAGGAGACACACACACAC